UCGACCUUGACAGUUAUUUCCGGUCAUGCGUCGUCGUUGUCGAGUUCGCAGUAUCCUUCCCCUCCGCCGCUCCACCGCGGAGUCUCUCGUCUUCGUAAAAUAAAAUUUAGUGAAAUGGCUGCGAGAAUUAUCAGAAAAAUUGUCCCGGCGGGCCGAGCUGGUACCGCUCAGUACAGCACGGGAGUACGGAAGGUGACCCUUAUUCCCGGCCACGGGAUCGGGCCCGAGAUCACUGUUGCCGUUCAGAAAAUAUUCGAAGCUGCCAAAGUUCCGAUUGAAUGGGACGAGGUGGACGUCACAGCUGUUAGAGGACCAGAUGGCAAAUUCGGUAUACCUCAGCGGGCAAUCGACUCUGUCAAUGAAAACAAGAUUGGUCUGAAAGGGCCAUUAAUGACCCCCGUUGGAAAGGGCUACCGCUCUCUCAACUUGGCACUCCGUAAGGAGUUUGACCUCUAUGCUAACGUCAGGCCCUGCAAAAGUUUAGAUGGAAUCAAAACCCUAUAUGACAACGUAGACGUAGUCACGAUCAGAGAGAACACCGAGGGUGAGUACUCCGGCAUCGAGCACGAGAUCGUGGACGGCGUGGUGCAGUCCAUCAAGCUGAUCACGGAGGAGGCCAGUAAGAGGGUGGCGCAGUUCGCCUUCCAGUUCGCGAGGGACAACAAGAGGAAGAAGGUGACGGCCGUCCACAAGGCUAACAUCAUGCGAAUGUCGGAUGGUCUGUUCCUGAGGUGUUGUCGUGACCUUGCGACUCAGUACCCGGACGUCAAGUUUGAGGAGCGGUAUCUCGACACCGUUUGCCUCAACAUGGUCCAGGAUCCUUCCAAGUUCGAUGUUCUGGUGAUGCCGAACCUGUACGGAGACAUCAUGUCGGACAUGUGCUCGGGGCUGGUGGGCGGCCUGGGCCUCACGCCCUCCGGCAACAUCGGCAAGAACGGCGCGCUCUUCGAGUCCGUCCAUGGAACAGCUCCCGACAUCGCUGGCAAAGAUAUGGCUAACCCCACAGCUUUACUCCUGUCCGCCAUCAUGAUGUUAAGGCAUUUACAGCUUAAUGAACACGCUGAUAAAGUUCAAAAUGCCUGCUACGAAGUGUUGCGCGAAGGAAAGUCUCUUACCGGCGAUCUUGGUGGUACUGGCAAAUGCAGCGAAUACACCAAUGCAAUUAUUUCGAAAUUAAAUUAAUUAUAACGCAUGGUAGGUUUUUCCCGCCCUUUUGGACUUAGGAAAUAAAAAAAUGUUACCAGAGCCUUGGACGAUGAUUCAAAUUGUGAAUAUGGCGGCAUAGUAUUAUUUUUUUAGUUAAAAUUUACCGCAAUUACGUCAAUCACGUAGACAAAGCAGCGAUAUAAAAUGCCAAAGUACACUUUCACCUUGAGCGCAAUUCAUUCAUUUAAGUAUUUAUUGAAUGAAUUACAUAAGCAAUUAAUUUUAAAACAAAAACUUUGUUAUCCUAAAGAAUUAUAAUCAUUAUUUAUUAGAACUUGACACUAAAGAGUUUCUUUGUCAAACAAGGAAUGAAAUAAAAUUUCAAAUAAACCAUUUAUUAAAAAUU